GCUAACGUGCUGACGCAGAUUCUCUGUGUUUUCAGAUAUCGAUGUGAGGAACCUUUUAUAUCACCUGCAACACAGCUACCUGAAACAUGCGCGCCUGAUAAUUCAAUAAGAGUGUUUUGCGAGGUAGCACCAAAUUUAGAGUGUAUUGGGCUGCUGAAUGGGACGAACAGGUUCGAGAAGGUGAUCGCCAACGGUUGUAAAUACUCAUCUGGUUUAAAUUACAGUACAGCACUACUCCUAUCCGUAUUUCUUGGUUGGCUGGGUAUCGAUCGAUUUUAUCUUGGUUAUUACGCUAUCGGACUAUUGAAGAUGUUUUCAUUGGGUUGUUUCACAAUUCUCUAUUUAACAGACAUCAUUUUAAUCGCAUUGCAACUGUUGGGACCAGCCGAUGGUACGGCGUAUUCAAUGAAUUAUUAUGGACCUAAAGUUACACCGGUCCGAUUCUCUAAUGAAACAUAUGUGACACUGUACUCAUGUUUUGACUGUCCUCCGUGA